AUCCUGUGCGCGGGCCUUCCCCGGACGGGCACCUUCUCGCUGGCCGUGGCCCUCGACAAGCUGGGCUACAAGCACGUGCACCACAUCAUCCGCUACUCGAAGCUGCCCGACCAGUGGUACAAGCUCGAGGACUGCUCGAAGCGGCACUACCCGUACCUCAACCGGGGCGCCGGCCAGUCCGUCAAGCCCUACACCCGGGCCGAGUGGGACGCCUGGAUCGGCCAGUUCCAGGCGACCACGGACCUGACGCCCUUUUUCUGCAAGGAGCUCAUCCAGACGUACCCGAACGCCAAAGUCAUCCUCGUCACCCGCGACUUUGACAAGUGGGUGCACUCGCUCGAGACGACCCUCUUCUACUUUGUCUUUGGCUGGGUCUACAUCCUCGACGCCAUCGCCGACGGCCUCUCGGGCCACCACUCGACCAUCGGCCUCAAGGCCAUGAUGCGCGGCUUCUUCCAGGCCGACAACGCCCUCCAGGCCCGGCGCAACGCCCGCAAAGUGUACGACGAGCACCACGCCAUGGUCCGCGCCAUGGUCCCUCCCGAGAACCUGCUCGAGUACAACUACGCCGACGGCUGGGAGCCCCUGUGCAAGUUCCUGGGCAAGCCCGUACCCGCUGGUGGGGAGAAGUUUCCCCGGGCGAAUGAGAGC